AUGCUAAUAAUUUGUGAUAAAUUUGUUGCGAACAAUUAGUUAUUCGCGUUGAUAGCAUCGUUGAUAGGGAGCUAAGUGCUAGCUACCUAAGCUGUCAGUUCGGAGUCCCAGUGUCGAAGUUACCUUACGUGAAGGCUACCUGACUAUUUUAGUUGUCUUUUGCCCUCCCCAACAUGUUGUCUGACGGGAGCUCUUUCAUGAAGGGCAUGGCCUUGGGUGGCAUGUUCUGCUUGAUACUGUCAUUGCUGAGCAGUUUCAGUCCCAACAUUGAUACCAGGACAGAAAACCUACACCACCACCAUCAUCACGUCAAGGCCGCAAGUGAUGAGGAGCUGAGACACUUCUCUGACAGUCAAGUGAAGGAGUUGAACAAGCAAGUCGAGGUCUAUUGCAUCAUCAUGGUUGAGCCCAAGAACCUUCUCUACUGGGCAACUGCUUUAGACACUUGGAGUAAACACUGUGACAAGCCUGUGUUUUAUACGACAGAGUCCUCUAAGGCGCUCGAUGCCGUAGACUUGAAUGAAAAAGACGAAUGGAUGAGGUUGCGUAAAGCUCUGCAGCAUGCUUAUGAAAACGCCGGGGACCUGCGUUGGUUCUUUGUGGCACAUCCCACCACGUUUGCCAUCAUUGAGAACCUCAAGUAUCUCGUCCUCACGAAGGAUCCAAGCGAACCUUUUUACCUGGGCAAUCUUAUGAAGUCAGGGGAGCUUGAGUAUGUGGCGUACGACAGUGGAAUUGUUCUAAGCUAUGAAGGUCUGAGAAGGCUGGUGAAUGUGUUCAAGGAUGAGGAAAAGUGUCCAGAAAGAGGACGUGCUCUGUGGAAGCUGAGCGAAGAGAAGCAGUUGGCCGUGUGUCUGAAAUAUACCGGAGUGUUUGCAGAGAACGGGGAAGACUCGCACGGGAAAGGCCUGUUCAACAGCAAGAGUCUGGAGAACCUGAUAAGGGACAGCAUCAAGGACAACCCCACUAACGUGGUGGAGGGCUGCUGCUCUGACAGGGCAGUCACAUUUAACGGGAUGUCCCCAAAUCAGAUGCAGGUUAUGAUGUAUGGAGUUUACAGACUUCGUCCUUAUGGGCACAACUUUCAUGACUCGUUAGUAUUUUACCCCCCUGAAGGUUCAGACAAUGACUAGACUUGCAGUCCUGCAAAAUGGAUGUGUAAUUUUAAAUAUUUUGCUUCUGUGAUGGCAAACUUAACUUUGGCAUGGUGGUUUUCUAAUGCUGUUUGUAAAACUGGGUGGGAGUAACACUUUGAUGUACACAUUUUGUACCUUUUGCACAAAAUAUGUAUCUCCAUUCCAUUGUAAUGAUGGUAAACACAGUCGAUUGGUGUGCCAUCCUUUGAAUGCAGAUGGAGCUGGGAAAAUAUAUCAAACGUGAGACUAGAUCAUCUGUACGGUUUGAUUAUUAAAGUACUGUUAAUGUUUGAAAUGAAUUUGUUUUAAGCACCCUCUGAUUUCAAGAGUUAAGGUUAUACAUGUCGCACUUUCCAUCUCAAAGUGAACUGGAUUCGUAUUAAACAAAUAGGAAUUAGUCUUCAGAUAAAUAGACGAGAUAUACCUCACUGUUAUCGGUAUAUUUCUUCUAAAUUAAAGGAAAAAAUAGUGGUUUGUUUCACUGGUAUUUUUAAGCUGACCCGCUGAAGUGACUUUUGGGAAAUAAAAAUUAAAUGAAUUA